AGAAACAAUUCAGUUUGCGUGCGGAGUAGAACCGUUUGAAUGUCGGAAAGGCGAGGGUCCCAAUCGAAUUGAAAUCAAAGGAUGUGGAUCGAGUGAAAUCCAGUAAAAGAUAGCCCACGAAUUGGGACAGGAUUUACAUAGCUAGUGAAAGGGUUCGAAAACGGACGGAUUCGGCUGGUUUUCACAGGGAAAAAAACACCGCCACGCUCAACGAAAAUCAGUUUUCGCGACCUAUUCGCCUGUUAACCCCCCUUCUCCGCCCGAGUUUUCCAGUAAAUUUUGUGUGCAUAUACUAGAAAAAGUGAUGUGAGCAGAGAACCGCGACCCGACGCCACUGACAUAAAUUCCUAUUUUUAACUUUCCUGGGGCAAAUACCCGCUGAUGCGGAAUCAAUUCUGAUUCGACAGCCAUAUGAAAAUUGUGCUGAAAUUAAGGCAAGAAAAGGCUGCGGAAAUCCCUUCCAGUUAACAAUUUAAAGUUAUUUCGCCUGUGGCUUCCAGACCGUUUGACAAUCGCCUCUCUCUCUCUCUCUCUCUCUCGAUUUCUGUCGCUAUCCCCCUCAUCGCCGACUUUCUCACUCGCACACUUGCUAACGGUGUUUUUGUGUCAGUGUCAAAAUCGAAUUCCGCCUAACCCGAUGAUUACAGUCGUUAACCAUAGGAUAUUGCCAAUGUCAAUGCUAAUCAUAUGCAAAAGUGCAAUAAUUAAAUGUUUGUGUCCUGCCAAAAAACAAGUUGAAAGUGGAGUAUGAGAUAGAAAUUUUGUAUAUGCCUGAGCAUCCAAAAUAGUGUGCUUUUAUAGUAUUUUUACAACAUACAUAGUGGUGAUUGCAAUCUAAGCCGUUCGCAGUGGUUUCAUAACGUGUUAAGUGUGCAGAACGCAGUUUUUCCUCCUAAUAAGUACGAAAAUAGCCCCCCGAAACGUUAGUGUUGCCAACUCUAAGCUCGCCGAAAGCUGAUAGUAAAAAUAGUCUUGGAACAUACAUACGAUACCAUUGCCAGCUCAACGUCUUGCCAGCCACCAGCCACCACCACCACAGCCACCGCCACAGCCACCGCCACCGCCACAGCCAUCAUCAUCAUCAUCAUCAGCAUCGCACCAUCUGGUGGUGCUGGUGUUGCUGUUGUCCUCGCACCGGGUCGUCGGAAACAUCGGCAAGAUAUCUUCGUUCGAAGAAGACUACCGGGCUGACAGGCCCAUGGUGCAGCGCGCCUCUUCCUCGGAUGCACCCUCCGUUCAGGGUGGCCAACAUCGAGAAUCUCGAUUUGGCCUUGGAUACCCCUCCUAUCAGAGUGGAUACAACAAACUAUUCACACAGGGUUCUGCCGACUCAAACUACUCACAACCGUCAUCCGAUCUGUCGCUAGACGAGGAAAAGGAAUCGCUUCGGCGAGAAAAGGAACGUCAGGCCUUAAGCCAGUUGGAUAAAGCGAGGAGCAAACCAGUGGCGUUCGCUGUGCGAACCAACGUAGCAUACGAUGGCGCCAUCGACGACGAUUCCCCGGUGCAGGGCGGCGCAGUUUCGUUCGAGAUCCGGGAGUUCCUGCACAUCAAAGAGAAGUACGACAAUAACUGGUGGAUCGGCCGGCUGGUCAAGGAGGGCUGUGAUGUGGGCUUCAUACCCAGCCCCGCUAAGCUAGACAACAUUCGCAUGCAGAACCAAACCAGACCCUCAAGACUGUAUGGCACAAAGGGCUCGUCGAGCGGGAAUCUUGGUGCGGGCGGACAAGCAGGUGCGGAGCCAUCUCGAGGUAGCACACCCCCCACACCUGGUGACGAAUCAGAUUCCAUGGGACCAGGACGACAUGGCAAGACCCCGGUGGCGUCCGCCAACAAGGAGAAGCGCAAGCCGUUCUUCAAGAAGCAGGAGACGGCCAGUCCCUACGACGUGGUGCCCUCGAUGCGCCCGGUGGUCCUAGUGGGGCCCAGUCUCAAGGGCUACGAGGUGACCGACAUGAUGCAGAAGGCCCUCUUCGACUUCCUCAAGCACCGCUUCGAGGGCCGCAUCAUCAUCACUCGCGUGAUGGCCGACAUCUCGCUGGCCAAGCGCUCCAUCAUGAACAAUCCCUCGAAGCGGGCCAUCAUGGAGCGAUCCUCCAGCCGGAGCGAUUGCCUUGGCAAGGUGCAGGAGGAGAUCGAGCGCAUCUUCGAGCUGGCCCGCUCGCUCCAGCUGGUCGUGCUCGAUUGUGAUACAAUCAAUCAUCCGUCACAACUAGCGAAAACUUCAUUAGCGCCAACAAUAGUGUACUUAAAGAUUAGUAGUAGUAAGGUUUUACAGCGUUUGAUCAAAUCACGUGGCAAGUCGCAGGCGAAAAACCUCUCCGUUCAAAUGGUCGCCGCCGAGAAGCUAGCCCAGUGUCCACCGGAUAUGUUCGAUGUAAUCCUAGACGAGAAUCAGCUGGAAGACGCCUGCGAGCACAUUGCCGAGUACUUGGAGACCUACUGGAAGGCCACCCACCCGGAUAUUCGAGCAGUGCCGCCCAUCGCCCGCCCCCUGCCGCAGGAGGCCUCGCCCUCCGCAGAUCCCGCGCGUCUGGGUCCGACGCCGCCAGUAGAUGGCGAGGAGUUUAUCGAUGAGCAGGAUCCCAGGAUGGGCAUUUCCGGCGGAGAGCGCGAGGGAAGUCGGGAGCGCGAUCGCGAUAGCAGGGAGAGGGAGCGAGAGCGCGAGAGGGAGCGGGAUUACUGGGAUCGGGAGUUCAACCGAGAUCGCAGCUCCAAGGAUCGCGAGAGGGAUCUGGAGUGGGAGCGGGAGAGGGCUCGCGAGUGGGAGAGAGAGCGGGAACGAGAUUGGGAUAGGGAGUUCGAUUGGGACCAAGGAGGAACCUCUUACCAGCACAGCCGCCGACAACCGACCUCGGUUCGCCACCAGGAGCGCGGUGGAGGCGUGGGCGUCGGCGGAGUAGGCGGUGGUGGCGGUAUCGGCGGCGGUGGCUACGAGCGGGACCGCGAGCGGGAACGAUACGAGCGACGAGAGCGCGACCUCAUGCACUACGACCUGAACAGCGACGAGCUGCUGGACGAGCGUAACUUCGAGUAUCCGGCAAUGCGGAGCGGUCCCAGCGGCGCCUCCCACCACGGCCACCUGUCCCGGGGCGGACGCCUGCUGGACGACCCGGACUUCGAGCGCGAGGAGGCCCAGAUGAGGAUGAGCAGCUCCCGCUACGGACCCUCCACCCGGAUCGACGACCCAAGGGAUAUGCCGCGGGGCGCCACCGUUGUCGAUCGCGAUGAAUACAGUCCGCACAGAGGUGGUGGGAGUAGUAGGAGAAUGCUUAAUGCCAUGUCCAGACCGUUGGGUCUGCCCCGCCAAUCCUCCCUGCCCAGCAACAGAGCACCCGUGUCCUACCUGCCACGCCAGUCGUCCCUGGGCACCCACUGGCUGUCCUCGUCGUCGCAGAGCACCAUGGAACCGGGACACCGGUCUCGCCAAGAGCUUUAUCCACUGCUGCACCAGCCGCAGUCGUAUUCCCAGGCCCGAUCACAUUACACCCAUUCGUACACAGCCGCACCCCAGCAUCCCAGUCAGUCGCGUUCCCAAUCACAGUCCCAGUCCCAAUUACACGGCCACUCCCAGUAUCGAUACUCCGUGCAGGACACGUCCUUUGCCCACCCACCAAGAUCCCUGCGCGAGGAGUUCCUCAGUCCCACCAUGAGCAAGGUCGAAGACGUCACGCACGCCAUCCGCAACAAGAUCAUCGUGGAGGAGGACGAGGAGGACAUCCUGAGCACGGAUCGGUUCUAUUAAAGAGAUUUCAGUCGCCACCCCGCGUCGAUUUGGUUUGGGUACAUUUUUGGGGGGCAUACAAGCAAAUGCAGCAGUGCCAAAACACAUGACACAUUUGUAAAUGUUCCAUUCGAUGAUCAGAUCAAUUUGGUAGCCACACAAACACAAACACGAACACGAACACAAACAGAAAGAGAAACAGAAACAGAAACAGAAACAGGAGCACACAAAAGUAGCUGGUUAAAGUUAAAGUGAGCGUUAAAAGCGGCGGUUAAAGCAAACGUUAGAGCAAACCAAGGAAGCAGCCCAAUGCCAAGUGGGGCCUUAUGUGUCUUAAAUGCUAUAGCUAAGUGUAAUCAGAUUUUAUUUGAAUAAUGUGAAUUUAAAUUAAAUGGUCUAAGCCUAAGAUUUAAGCUAGUAGAACAGUUGGAAAUUAAAAGUUAAGGGAGUCCGCAGCCACCCAGCAGCAUUUGUUGGUCCCCCAUGGGUCUCGUAUUUGUUAUGCAAUUGAUUGACUAAGUACAUACAUAAGUGUCAGCUUUAAUAAUUUAGUGAAUGUGUCUUAAUCUAAGUCGAGCCACACCCACACACACACACACACUCGAGCACACAUCUACACACUCACAAACACACACAGUUGACUGUGAACCGAUUGAAAUCUCUUUAAUCUCAAACCGAUGCCUUUUUCUCGCAUCCAUCCUGUUUCUUCCUCUACGCAAAGUAUAAAUCUUGAUACUUUCUUCAGUCCAUCUGCUAGGCUAUAUUCUAGUUGAAAAGUUACCACUUGAAAUAACAGUGCGUUUCAAGACCAGAUAACGUUAAAUAAGUUAAUAGGUUUUGUUAAUCCUUUUUUCUUCAUUUAAAAAUAUAUUCGGUGACUGAUUAAAAAUGUAUCUUCCAGGAAUUUUAGUUAGACACCUAAACUUUAACCAAACUCUAAACAUGACCGAAUAGUCUAAUAACUUAUCAUGUAAAGUAAUAAGUUAUUCAUUUAACUUAGUUAACCAAUUUAAACACAACUUUUCAGACCUUUGUGAUUUUUAAGAAAUAUUUUUCUUAGCUUGAGUGAAACGCACUGCCUAGCAACCAAUUGCAUGUUUAGAAUACCUUCUUCCAACAGCAAUACUUUCGACCUAGAUACCUUGCCACACCAUAUCAUGCCACACACCUGCCAAAGCGCACAGUUCGCGGUUGCAGUUCAACGUAUUUAUUGGAUUGCCCGCGAACAGACCUCCAAACUGGGUCGGGAUCCAAAUUAGAUCCAAAUGCGAUGACCCAGGUCUAGGUAUAGCGAUUUAAACUACCAGUGCCUUAUGAACCAUCAAAUCAAGUUACACAGCAGCACUCCACCCCAGAAAUCUUCCAUUUCCCUGCCCAAUGAGAUCAUACUGUUCACCACUGUACCACUACCACCCGCUAAAGUCGACGGCGUCAAAAUUAUUGUUCAAGUAUUGUAAGUACCUACACGUAAUGUCGAGAUGAGAAACGUUGAUCUGGCCCAUUCCGAACGAGCACUCCUUUUACAAUUCCAACCACCAUGCUAAAUUUGUCGAUCAUCAGUUGUCAAACUGAGCUAGCGCCCAACAAUGAUGAACCGCACUGCAUUCAAAUCGAUCGCCACCUCGUAAGUAAGAGUUGAUGAGUAGCUAGUUGAUCUGUAAGCACACCCACAGAGCCCAUCCUACUGUCCACGGACUACAACCGAAUCCCCACGGGGAGUGUGAGACUUCCGGGACGGACAGAGUUGCUAGAUCGGUGUGGAGGACAGAAAUAAAAGCAAAAAUCUAGUACUUUUUUUUAUAUAAGAGAUACAAGGUGAUAUAACUAAAUUUUGGAAAGCAAAUUUGAACAGCGCACGACAAAUACAGAUACCUAAAAGAAAUUGUUAGCAACAUUCAGGAGGGGAAAGGCUUAGAAAUAAGGCAGGCUGAGAGCACAUCCAGAGUUAUUUUUCAAAAUUAGUUUCAAAAUAUAUACGACUCUGGAGAAUGUAAGCCUUUCCCGGUGUGAAAAAAAAAUGGAUGGGGUUGGCCAAGGCACUGGAGGCGCUUCAUCGAGGAACAAACAAUUUAAAAUAAAUGGAAAGCAACAUACGACACGCAAGCACUUCUUGUAAAAAGUGGCAAACAAACAUGAUCUAUGUAUUAGCUAAACCUAAAUGAAAUAUUACUUUUUAAUACUAGCAUAAAGUUAAAAACAAAACUAGAUACGCUCCUACGCAGCCAAGGAGGGGACAAAAGGAAUACUUAAGUUUAAAGGGUCAGUUGAUGAGGGUGUGUAUGUUAGAGUAUUGCACAUAAUUCACAGAACUGGUAAUUCAAUAUAUGAUAAUGGUAUAUACUAAAAGGAUACACACAUUUAUAAAGGUGCAUAUACAUUUAUACAUGAAUAUGUAUGUUCUUACUAUAAUUAACAAAAUUUAAACCGAUACAGAUACAUCAGCCGGCAUUUUGUAAGCGUGAAAACCAAAAUAUAACGACAAAAUAAUAUGGAAUAAAAAUAAUAGAUUAUCCCAGAUAUUGUUAGACACUUUCUGGAAACGGAACUUUGCCAUGAAAAUUUCAUCAGAUCUGAUAGGAAUAUGUUGAAGUUAUUUUAUAAGAUGCCUUAAAUUUCUCAACUCAAAUUCUUUGAAAGUUUCGGAAAAAAAAACUUGAUAAAUUCAUAUAUUCCAUUGCAUAACCUUCUAGCAGAUGGACAAAAAGUCUCAACACAUUUUUGAAAAAAAAACAGGUUUGCUUCUAAUAUAUAGCAAUUUUUUGUAAUAAUCAAAUCUUAUUUCCGAUUAAAAAACAAAUGAAAACAAAAACCAAGCAAUUUAAAUUUGUUGACACUCUUAAAAACUCAAAAAAAAACACACACACACACACAUGCAAACAAAUUUUAUAGCGAAAAUACUGAAACUUUAAAGAGGAUACGCCUAUAUAUAAUUAAAUUUAGCGGUAAUAACUUCUCUACUUUUCAAGCCACCUUAAUAACAAAGCAAACCUUAUUUUUUAGCCAAAUCCCCUAUUAAAUUGAAAAGAAAGUGAACGGAUUGACAAGAGCACGCCUGAGAAUUCCCAAUUCAAUAUAUUAUGAUAAACCAAAAGAUCCCCACACCCCAGAGAAAGAACACGAACUAAUUGUGGAAAUAUCAACCCAAAUCCAAGUUUAUAUAGAAUAUUUUAUACAUGCAAAACAUAUACAUAUUGUAAAAACGAGAAACAGUAACUAAGCCCCAAUCAGCAAUUUCCAAUAAUUGUGUGUAAAUAGUUUAUGAUAUUUCAAUUUGUUACCAAAUUAUUUUGUUACGAACUUUGUAAUAUUCCUUUAAUUUUAUGGUAUGUUGGAUGAUAUUCUGCCAUCUCCACCGCCAUGUUUGUUGUUUUUGUUUCCAUUUUCCGCAUUCAAAUGUUGUUCACAAUAUGUUUUUGGAAAAUACGUAGUUAAAUGAAAGCUAAAUUGCAAAUAAAAGCAAAUACAACAAAAAUAUUGAAAAUAA